GUGAUUUUAAAAAAAUGACAACUCAACAAAUAUUCAACGAAUUAAAAAAGAAGUUAGAAUCAGGCGAGAUAAUUUUACAAGCCAAAGGACCACACGGCCAAGAUUUUAUUUUACUCUGCAAAGAAACCAACCAACAAAUAAAAAUAGGCCAGCAAGAUGAUAGACCAACAAAUCAGUUGAAAACCUUUGCUAAAAAA